AUGGACUCGUUCAAUUCAUCCUUUGAGGAUAAGCAGCCCUUUCCAUUGCUGGCCGAUGGUCCUGGAUCCCCCGAUGACCCCCAAGAAAGCUAUGACGAGAGCGUAAUCUCCCCCGGCUAUGAGGAGAUCGAGGUGGAAGACGAUGCAGACUUCCAGUCUCAUUACUCAUUAGAACACCAAUCGUUCUCGGAUUCUGAUUCAGAUGAAUCUUCUGAAAACAUUGGUCGACAUCAUCCAUUCCGCCAAUCUUCCAGCUCUCUUCAUGGCCCGAAUGCAUUUGCACCGCCAUUCUACAACCGCCCGCCGACCCCUCUACCACCUUCUCCGUCACUCACGUCUCUUCUCCGCCCACCCUUCUCGACUACUACGUCGCGCCCAACCACCCCAGACAGCUCAGAUGUAGAGACACCAAACGAUACCGAGGCGGCGGUCGCCAAGUCAGCUCGUCGCGCAACGACCGUGCCACGCGCCAGUCCUAAAGUACCCACCUAUGAGUACUACGGCUUCGUGUUAUACUUGGCUUCUUCGUUAGCUUUCUUAUUCUAUCUCCUCUGGUCUUAUCUCCCCUCCCCAUUCCUUCACCAACUCGGCAUCUACUAUUACCCCAACCGUUGGUGGUCGCUGGCGAUCCCAGCAUGGCUGGUGAUGCUCUUGAUAUAUAUUUACGUUGCGCUCGCCGCAUACAACACUGGCUACCUCACAUUGCCUAUGAACAGCAUCGAGAAUAUUGUUGAUGAGGUUGCGAAUGUAUCUGUCAUUGAUGGAAAGGCGCGGCGGCGGCCUGGCGGUGCAUCCAAAAUGAAACCAGGUGCUACCUCUUAUCAGAUCAUGGGCCCCCAAAAUCGCAAAGUCAAUUGGCGCGAAAUCUGGAGUGAAGGAACAGACGCAGUCAUGGAUGUGCCGGUAGGGGGCGUAUGUGAGGUUUUAUAUGGCCAGGAUCGUGAGGAUGACUUCGAUUACCCGGUGGCAGACUCAUAG